UUCAGGGCCUGGCGGCUGCUAGGCUGAAACUUUUCACACCUGAGCAGACUUCGUACUCUGAGACCAGGCAUUGUUUUUCUCUGCAGACCACUCAGCAGCAGCUGCUCUUGUCAGAACUGGAGUAAGAAUGGCUUAUCAGGCCACAGAUAGUGAAAUCGACCUGAAAAAAUUGGAAGAUCUUGUAGCACAUCCUGACUUUUCAAAAACUUAUGGCUCAAAAGCAAGGGAAAGACUGAAUUCUGUAAAGCCCUCAGAAAUUGAGUCUGAGAAACAGACUGUGACAUUUAGGCGCACCACGAAAGCUCAGGAGAAGACAAGAAAACGACAGCAGCCUGUAAAACUAGAGCCUCUGCCAGUGUUAAAACAAUACCAAGAUCACAAGCAGCCGGAAUACAUAUUUGAACAGAACCGGUAUCAGUUAAUGACUUAUGGAGUCCUUAAACCAUCAGCAGUAGAAAGAGAUUCUAGCAAAUCAAUUUCUACAGAGGCUGAAGAUGCUGUGAGAAAAAAGAAGCUUUAUCGGCCCUCUGAAGAUAUAUAUUCUCCUCCCCCUAAACUGUCACGUACGAGGAUCGGAAGAAGAGGUCUCUUCGGGGCCACAUCUGCAACUUACCCAAAGUUACAUUUCCAAGACCGGGAAGAAGUUAUUAAAGCCAACAUUCGUGAUCCCUUGCAAAUCAUUAAAAUAUUACAGGAGAACGAACAUCUAGGAUUUCUUUACGUGGUCCCUGCAGUGUCAAGGUCUUCCAUUGAGUAUGACACAUAUAACCUAAAAAUUGUAAAUUUUGACAAUAUCAAUAAAAAUGACUACUAUACUAUUAGCCAAAAGGCAGUGACACAUGUUUACAACAACGACGUUGAAUUUAUCGACAUUGAUCGAUGGGAAAAGGAAUAUCAAUAUCACAAAGAACUCACUAAGAUUCCCAUAUUUGCACUUUUCCGGAAAUGGAAAGCUUUUAACGUGUGGAAGAAGAAUGUCCGCUCUAAGAAAAUUGCUGGAUGUCGUAAAUCUUUACAAAAAAACUUGUUUAUUAUUAACCCAUUUUUGAGACCAGCUCUUCUUAAAAUAAAUGAAUUAUGCUAUCAAUUGAGCUUUAUGGGACUUUGUUAUAUUGAAAAAGGUCAUACCUACACAUUGCAGGAAUUUAAGGCUGCACAAAUUUUACGACUAGGAGAGGUGACAGAGCGCCUUGAAGAAUUUAGAAAUGAGACCAAAGAUGUGGUCAGGAAGGCUUGUCGAUUGGCUUUGCGUGCUGUAGGAUUUAUUCCUGAUGACUGUGUGUUUGAUCCCCAAGAGGAGUAUUUAAAAACAAAUGGAGCCGGUGUUACUGAACUGACGUUUGACUUUCCCACUUACGGAGACUCUGAAAAAAUGACGUACACGGAACAAGCCAGCAAAAGGCAUCAUUGCACAAGACUGACAUGUUUUAUCCGUCUGAAUGACUAUCUCAUUGAGAAUACUCUGCACGUCCUAACAGUUAAUUCCGCUAACUCUCUUCUGAACUAUCUCACUGACAAACUAAAACGAACGCCUUCAGCAGAAGUCAUUGAGAAAUGGAUUACUGAAGAGAAAGUUGAAGUCACUGACAAAAAGGCGGCCCCUGGGAUAGAAAAGCAGGAAGAAGACGAGUCUCUCAUCCCCAUGUUCCUCACAGAACUGAUUCUGACAAUAGAGUCGCUAGUUUUUGAGCCUUGUUUGCAAGACUUCCUGGAUAUUAUCUCUAAUGCAGUCAACCAGUUUCAGAACACUGUGCUAGCAGUCCCUAACCUCGUUCCUGAUUCAUAUUUUGAUGCUUUUACCAGCCCUUACAUUAACAACAAACUUGAAGAGAAAACCUGUGGAGCUGGACCAAGUUUAUCAGAUGUAUUGGAAGAUGAUAAGUAUUUUCACACAAUUAUCUUCCAAAUAAAGGAAACCAUUCAUGCAGCAUUUGCAUCUGCUCGCUUAUAUGCUUCGACAUUUGAAAGGUUCCAGUUAUUCUACAAGGAAAAUGAAAGUCUUGAUUUAGAAGCUCUUAAACUUCAGGAGCCUGAUGUUAAGUUCUUUAGUGAACAACUGGAAAAGUAUCACAAACAGCACAAGGAUGCACUCGCUCUAAAACCCACCAGAAAUGUGGGAUUGCUGCUCAUUGACACUAAGCAACUAAAAGAAAAGUUAAUUCCAUCACCUUUGAGAUGCUUGGAGGUGUUAAAUUUAAUGCUUCCUCGUUUAAGCAAGAAAAAAGUAGAUGCCAUCAUCUCUGAGGCACAAGAUGCAGAAUACAAACUUCAAUUUAUGCCAAGUACUACCAUAGAAUAUGUUAACAGCUUAGUGUUUCUUGAUGAAAUUCAGGAGCGGAUUGAAAGCCUUGAAGAGGAAGGAAAUACAGUGAUUCAAAUGUAUAAGCUUAUUGACCAGUAUCAAGUGGUCACACCUCCUGAAGACUUUGCUGUUUUUGCAACUAUGAAGCCAUCCAUUGUUGCUGUUCGGAAUGCCAUUGAUAAAUCAGUGGGCGACAGAGAAACAUGCAUUAAACAAUUUUGUCAGCAUUUGGGUAGAGAUCUUGAAGAACUAAACAACGAGGUGAAUGAAAUAAAACUACAAGCACAGGAUCCACAGAUUUUGGAUAUUUCCACGGACCCAGAGAAAAUAAAGGUCAUGUUGAGUGAUCUGCAAUAUGUUCUGGAUGAUCUUCAAAAACGUGCCUUUCAAUAUAAGUCCUAUCAAAAGAAUUUCAAGGUAGAAGUGUCCAAGUUUGAUGCUUUAGAAGAAGUAUGUGCUGAACUGAAGCUGAAGCAGUUGCUCUGGGAUUCUUUAUCUGAGUGGGAUAAACUCCAGCAAGAGUGGUUAAAGGUCCUUCUUGAUGACAGCACCAUCAACAUUGCAACCAUCGCCUCGUCACGUUAUGUGGGUCCACUGAAGACCCGAGUGGAUGAGUGGCAGAAACAACUUACUUUAUUUAAUCAAACACUGGAAGAAUGGCUGAAUUGCCAAAGAAACUGGCUCUAUCUGGAAAGUAUUUUUAAUGCUCCUGAUAUUCAGAGGCAACUGCCUGCAGAGGCCAAGAUGUUUCUUCAGGUGGAUAAGUCAUGGAAGGAAAUCAUGAGGAAAGUGAACCGGCUACCUAAUGCUCUUCGAGCUGCUACUCAACCAGGUCUUCUUGAGACUUUUCAGAACAACAAUGCAUUACUUGACCAAAUUCAGAAGUGUCUAGAAGCAUAUUUAGAAUCAAAGAGAGUUAUCUUUCCAAGAUUUUACUUCUUGUCAAAUGACGAACUUCUGGAGAUUUUGGCCCAGACACGAAAUCCCCAGGCUGUGCAGCCACACUUAAGGAAGUGCUUUGACUCCAUUUCAAGGCUUGAAUUUGCACUCAUGCCUCCUACUGAAGGGAAAAUUCCUGGCAUUGAUACAGAACCAGAGAAAAUUUAUACUAAUGAUAUUCUGGCAAUGCUGUCGCCAGAGGGAGAAAGGGUUAGCUUGGGCAAAGGCCUCAAGGCCCGAGGCAACGUGGAGGAAUGGCUGGGUAAAGUAGAAGAAGCCAUGUUCUCAUCUCUGCGCCGCCUGUGCAAGGCUGCCAUGGCUGACUAUCAGGGGAAACCGAGGACAGAAUGGGUGAUCUCUGGCCAUGCUUCUCAAGUCAUCUUGACCGUUUCUCAAAUCAUGUGGUGCCGUGAUUUGACAGAGUGUCUACAAACAGAAGAGAAGAGUCAUUUAGAGGCCCUGGAAGUUUUUGAAAAAGUAAAUUUUGAGAGAUUAAAUGCCCUCGCUGCACUAGUUCGAGGCAGUCUUCCUAAAAUCCACAGAAACAUUAUAACUGCAUUGAUUACCAUUGAUGUGCACGCAAGAGAUAUAGUCACUGAACUUGUGCAAGCCAAGGUAGACACAGUCAACUCCUUUGACUGGCAGAGGCAACUGCGCUAUUACUGGGAUGUCGACCUGGAUAAUUGCGUAGCUAGAAUGGCACUUUCUCAGUACACUUACGGCUAUGAAUAUUUGGGAGCCUGUCCAAGAUUAGUUAUUACUCCUCUCACGGAUCGCUGCUAUCUUUGCCUCAUGGGGGCUCUGCAGCUUGACCUAGGGGGUGCACCAGCUGGUCCUGCUGGCACUGGGAAAACAGAGACCACCAAAGACCUAGCAAAAGCUCUUGCUAUCCAGUGUGUGGUCUUUAAUUGUUCCGAUGGCUUGGACUACAAGAUGAUGGGGCGCUUCUUCAGCGGCUUGGCACAGUCCGGGGCCUGGUGCUGCUUUGAUGAAUUUAAUCGAAUUGACAUAGAAGUUUUGUCAGUUAUUGCCCAGCAACUUAUCACCAUCAGGAAUGCCAAAGCUGCAAAGCUCUUCAGAUUCAUGUUUGAGGGACGGGAAAUAAAGCUGAUUAUGACUUGUGCAGCGUUUAUCACAAUGAAUCCUGGAUAUGCAGGCAGAACUGAAUUGCCAGAUAAUUUGAAAGCCCUGUUUAGACCAUUUGCAAUGAUGGUGCCAAAUUAUGCUUUGAUUGCAGAGGUAAUUCUAUAUUCUGAAGGAUUUGAAUCCAGUAAAGUAUUAGCACGAAAGAUGACGCAGAUGUACAAGCUCUGCAGCGAACAGCUGUCUCAGCAGGAUCAUUAUGACUUUGGCAUGAGAGCUGUAAAGUCUGUACUGGUCAUGGCUGGAUCUUUAAAAAGAGAGAAUCCAGACCUAAGCGAAGACGUGGUACUGAUAAGAGCUUUGCGAGACUCCAACUUGCCAAAAUUUCUAACAGAUGAUGCCCUUCUGUUCAGCGGAAUCAUAUCUGAUCUUUUUCCUGGAGUUCAAAUUCCAGAACAUGAUUAUGGUAUUUUACAGUCAACGAUUGUGGAUGUCAUGACUGAACAAAACCUUCAGCCUGAGCUGUGUAUGGUUAAAAAAGUAAUACAGUUCUACGAGACUAUGCUUGUGAGGCAUGGUGUUAUGUUAGUUGGGCCAACAGGAGGUGGUAAGACCACAGUUUACCAAGUUCUGGCAGAAACUUUAGGGAAUUUACAGAAACUUGGCAUAAACAAUCCCUUUUAUCAAGCAGUAAAAACUUACGUUCUUAAUCCUAAAUCAAUCACAAUGGGUGAAUUAUAUGGUGAAGUGAAUAACAUAACCUUGGAAUGGAAAGAUGGUUUGAUGGCUCUAAGUGUGAGAGCAGCUGUAAAUGAUACUUCAGAAGACCAUAAAUGGAUCAUAAGUGACGGGCCAGUGGAUGCUCUUUGGAUUGAAAAUAUGAACACAGUAUUGGAUGAUAACAAGAUGCUUUGCCUGGCUAACAGUGAAAGGAUUAAACUCACACCUCAAAUCCACAUGCUGUUUGAGGUACAAGAUCUAAAGGUAGCCUCCCCUGCCACCGUCAGUCGAUGCGGGAUGGUGUUUGUGGAUCCUGAAGAACUGAAAUGGAUGCCUUACGUGAAAACAUGGAUGAAAGAUAUUUCUAAAAAACUGAAUGAGGAAACUCAAGAAUACAUACUGAACCUUUUCCAACGAUAUGUGGAAGAUGGGUUACAUUUUGUCAAUAAAAAGUGUAGCCAAGCCAUCCCGCAAGUGGACAUCAGCAAAGUUACAACGCUCUGUUGCUUGUUGGAGUCUCUCUUGUUUGGCCAAGACGGAUGUAACUUGGCAAUGGAACAAAUGAAACUGAACUCUUUGAUAUGUCAGACUUUUGUGUUCUGCUAUUUAUGGUCUUUGGGUGGAAACUUAACUGAAAACUACUCAGAUUCUUUUGAUACAUUUAUUAGAACACAGUUUGAUGAUAAUCCUGAUGCCAGGCUGCCCAGUUCUGGUGACCUGUGGAGCAUUCACGUAGACUUUGACACCAAACGGAUGGAUCCUUGGGAACGAAUCAUACCCGCCUUCAAAUACAGUCGGGAUGUUCCAUUCUUUGAAAUGCUUGUCCCCACAACUGACACAGUGCGCUAUGGGUAUUUAAUGGAAAAACUACUUGCUGUCAAGCAUUCCGUGUUGUUCACUGGGAUCACUGGAGUGGGCAAGUCUGUUAUUGCAAAAGGAUUGCUAAACAGAAUUCAAGAAUCAGCUGGCUAUGUCCCUGUUUAUCUAAAUUUUUCUGCUCAAACAUCAUCUGCAAGGACACAAGAGAUCAUUGAGUCAAAACUGGAAAGAAAACGAAAAAACAUUCUAGGAGCACCAGGAAAUAAACAAGUUGUGAUAUUUGUUGAUGAUUUAAACAUGCCCCGACUAGAUCGCUAUGGCUCUCAGCCUCCAAUUGAAUUACUUCGACAGUAUCAAGAUUUUGGUGGAUUUUAUGACAGAAGCAAACUCUUUUGGAAAGAAAUCCAGGACGUAACCAUCGUAUCAGCCUGUGCGCCUCCAGGAGGCGGCCGCAACCCUGUGACACCCCGCUUCAUCCGUCACUUCAGUAUGCUGUGUCUCCCCAUGCCCUCGGAGCACAGUCUGAAACAGAUUUUUCAAGCCAUCUUAAAUGGCUUUCUAAGUGACUUCCCACCAGCUGUAAGGCAAACUUCAUCAAACAUUGUAGAAGCUGCAGUUGAAAUUUAUAACAGAAUGAGUGUUGAUCUCCUACCAACACCAGCCAAGUCCCACUAUGUCUUUAACUUGAGGGAUUUAUCCAAAUGUGUGCAAGGUAUUCUCCAGUGUGAUUCGGGAACAAUAAGGGAAGAAUUACAAAUAUUCAGACUCUUUUGCCAUGAAUGCCAAAGAGUAUUCCAUGACCGUUUGAUUAAUAAUGAAGACAAGCACUAUUUCCAUGUUAUCUUGACAGAAAUGGCCAACAAACAUUUUGGAAUUUCAAUUGAGAUAGACUAUUUUUUAACCAAGCCCAUCAUCUUUGGAGAUUUCAUUAAGUUUGGAGCAGAAAAGGAGGAUAGAAUUUAUGAUGACUUACCUGAUAUGGAAAAAAUCUCAAGUGUUCUACAGGACUACCUUGAUGAUUACAAUCUGACAAACCCUAAAGAAGUAAAGUUGGUGUUUUUCCAGGAUGCCAUAGAACAUAUUGUAGUGGAGGAGUUCCUAGAAGACAUAAAUAAUAUUCUGAAUUCAGGAGAAGUGCCUAAUUUAUUUGAAAAAGAUGAACUGGAAUAUGUUUUAGCAGCCACCAGACCAAAAGCAAAAGAAGCUGGAAUUCCCGAGGGGAACAGAGACGAGGUGUUCCAAUACUUUAUCAGCAGAGUCCGUCAGAAGCUACACAUUGUUCUCUGCAUGAGCCCAGUUGGGGAGGCCUUUCGUUCCCGAUGUCGGAUGUUUCCAUCCCUUGUGAACUGCUGCACCAUCGAUUGGUUUGUCCAGUGGCCCAGAGAAGCACUUCUUUCUGUGUCAAAGACAUUUUUCUUAUCUAUCGAUACUGGUAGUGAAGAAAUGAAAGAAAAGCUUUCCCUCAUGUGCGUGAACGUUCACUUGAGCGUCACCCAGACAGCAGAACGCUAUUACGCUGAGCUCCGACGGCGGUACUACACAACGCCUACCUCCUACCUGGAGCUCAUCAACCUCUACCUGUAUAUGCUCACUGAGAAACGGAAGCAGUUGGUCACAGCAAAAGAUCGGGUGAAAAAUGGUCUCUCCAAGCUAUUAGAAACAAAUGUGCUAGUAGAUAGAAUGAAAUUAGAUCUUUCCGCUUUAGAACCUGUGCUAAUAGCAAAAUCCCAAGAUGUUGAAGCUCUAAUGGAAAAAUUGGCUUUGGAUCAAGAAAGCGCUGAUCAGGUCCGUAAUGUUGUGCAAGAAGAUCAAGCAAAAGCAAAAGUGAAAGCUGAAGAAACCCAAGCCAUAGCAGAUGAUGCUCAAAGAGAUCUGGAAGAAGCCCUGCCUGCCCUUGAUGCUGCCAAUAAAGCACUGGAUUCCUUAGACAAGGCAGAUAUAUCUGAAAUCCGGGUUUUUACAAAGCCCCCAGAUUUGGUCAUGACUGUGAUGGAAGCGAUCUCCAUUCUCUUAAAUGCCAAACCUGAUUGGCCAACAGCAAAGCAACUUCUUGGGGACUCUAACUUUCUGAAAAGGCUUUUAGACUAUGACAAGGAAAACAUAAAGCCUCAGGUCUUGACAAAGCUUCAGAAAUAUAUUAACAAUCCUGACUUUGUGCCUGAAAAAGUAGAGAAAGUGUCCAAAGCAUGUAAGUCAAUGUGUAUGUGGGUACGAGCAAUGGAUUUGUACUCACGAGUAGUCAAGGUGGUCGAACCAAAGAGACAAAAACUUCGAGCUGCACAGGCUGAACUUGAUAUUACAAUGGCUACUCUGAAAGAAAAACAAGCAUUGCUAAAACAAGUAGAGGAUCAAAUACAAGCCUUACAAGACAAAUAUGACAAAAGUAUAAAUGAAAAAGAAAAUUUAGCAAAAAACAUGGCCCUGACAAAUGCUCGUCUAAUACGUGCUGGAAAACUGACAGCUGCAUUAGGAGAUGAGCAGGUCCGAUGGGAAGAAAGCAUACAAAAAUAUGAGGAGGAACUAUCAAACAUCAUUGGGAAUGUGUUCAUAGCUGCAGCUUGUGUGGCUUAUUAUGGGGCUUUCACGGCCCAGUAUAGGCAAUCGCUUAUAGAAUGCUGGAUUGCGUACUGCCAGGAACUGGAGAUCCCAAUUGACCCUUCCUUCAGUCUCAUUAACAUCCUUGGAGAUCCCUAUGAAAUAAGGCAAUGGAACACGGAUGGACUGCCUCGCGAUGUGACAUCAACAGAAAAUGGCAUUUUGGUUACUCAAGGGAGACGAUGGCCGCUGAUGAUUGACCCCCAGGAUCAGGCCAAUCGCUGGAUAAGGAACAAGGAAAGCAAAAAUGGGUUAAAGAUCAUUAAACUUACAGAUACUAAUUUCUUGCGAUUACUUGAAAAUUCCAUCCGACUUGGUUUACCUGUCUUACUAGAAGAGCUCAGAGAAACCCUGGAUCCAGCUCUAGAACCCGUUCUUUUGAAACAAACGUUCAUCAGUGGUGGGCGACUACUCAUUCGUCUUGGAGACUCAGACAUUGAUUACGAUAAGAACUUCCGGUUCUAUAUGACCACCAAGAUGUCAAAUCCCCAUUAUCUGCCUGAGGUAUGCAUUAAAGUCACCAUCAUCAAUUUCACUGUAACAAAAUCAGGCCUGGAGGACCAAUUGUUAAGUGAUGUGGUGCGACUUGAAAAACCUGACUUGGAAGAACAAAGAAUUCAGCUCAUUGUAAGGAUCAACAGUGACAAAAACCAGUUGAAAGCUAUUGAAGAUAAAAUUCUGAGAAUGCUCUUUCAGUCUGAAGGAAAUAUUCUAGACAAUGAGGAACUUAUUGAUACCCUCCAAGAAUCAAAGAUCACUUCUGGUGCCAUUAAAAUCAGGCUGAAAGAAGCAGAGUCCACUGAGCAGAUGAUCAAUGUGGCCCGGGAGAAGUAUCGCCCAGUAGCCACUCAAGGUUCUGUGAUGUACUUUGUCAUUGCAAGCCUUUCAGAAAUAGAUCCUAUGUAUCAGUAUUCAUUAAAAUACUUUAAACAGUUGUUCAAUACAACCAUUGAAACCUCAAUGAAGUCAGAUGACCUACGUCAGCGACUGAACACACUCCUGGAACAAACUCUCCUGACUGCCUACAUCAAUGUUUCCAGGGGGCUGUUUGAACAGCAUAAGCUCAUCUACAGCUUUAUGCUCUGUGUGGACAUCAUGCGUCAGCACGGAUCAGUAACCGAAGCCGAAUGGAAUUUCUUCCUGCGUGGUUCUUCAGGGAUGGAAAAGGAGCGCCCACCUAAACCGGAAGUUCCCUGGCUACUUCCUGCCACAUGGUUUGCAUGCUGGGACUUGGAAGAAUCCUUUCCAGCUUUUCAAGGCCUUACAAGAGAUUUACUAUUAUUUCCCAUUUCCAUAGUCAUAGGAAAUUUUGAGGCUUAUAUUAACCCACAGUUUGGGGAAAGCUAUCCUGAAAUGACUGUAGAAGAGGAAAAUGAAGCAACUGGGACAUCUUGGAUUUCAGAACUGAGCUCUUUCCACAAGCUAAUUCUCAUUAAGUGUUGUAGAGAGGAAAAGGUUGUUUUUGCUCUUACAGACUUUGUGAUAGAGAAUCUUGGGAAACAGUUUGUAGAGACUCCACCCGUGGACCUGGCCACUCUGUAUCAGGACAUGUCCAACUCCACACCCCUGGUGUUUAUCCUAAGCACAGGCUCUGAUCCCAUGGGUGCAUUUCAGAGGUUCGCCCGUGAAAGCGGGUAUUCUGAUCGAGUGCAGUCAAUUUCACUGGGACAAGGACAAGGACCCAUUGCUGAGAAAAUGAUCAAGGAUGCCAUGAAAGCAGGAAACUGGGUGUUUUUGCAGAACUGCCAUCUUGCUGUUUCUUGGAUGCUGGCAAUGGAAGAGCUCAUCAAAACCUUCACAGACCCAAAGUCUGUUAUCAAGGAUACUUUCCGACUAUUUCUAAGCUCCAUGCCUAGUAGUACAUUUCCUGUUACAGUUCUUCAGAAUUCUGUCAAGGUAACCAAUGAACCUCCAAAAGGCUUACGUGCAAAUAUCAGGCGAGCAUUUACUGAAAUGACAUCUUCAUUUUUUGAAGAAAAUAUACUUGGAAGAAAAUGGAGACAAAUAGUAUUUGGCAUUUGCUUCUUCCAUGCAAUUAUUCAGGAGAGAAAGAAGUUUGGCCCCCUUGGUUGGAAUAUCUGCUAUGAAUUUAAUGACAGUGACAGAGAAUGUGCUUUACUGAAUCUCAACCUUUACUGUCAAGAAGGAAAGAUUCCCUGGGAUGCACUAAUUUACAUUACUGGUGAAAUCACCUAUGGUGGUAGAGUUACAGACACCUGGGACCAAAGAUGCCUUCGUACUGUCUUGAAAAGGUUUUUUUCUCCUGAAACAUUAUAUUCGGAUUAUAAAUACUCUGAUUCAGGCAUCUACUUUGCACCCCUGGCUGACAGCCUACAAGAGUUUAAGGACUACAUUGAAAAUCUGCCUUUGAUAGACGACCCAGAAAUUUUUGGAAUGCAUGAAAAUGCCAACCUUGUUUUCCAGUAUAAAGAGACCAACACUUUGGUCAACACCAUCCUUGAGAUCCAGCCAAGGUCAUCUUCUGGUGGAGAGGGGAAAAGCAAUGAUGAAAUUGUCCAAGAACUUGUUGCUUCUAUCCAGUCUAGAGUUCCAGAGAGCCUGCAGAUGGAGGGUGCUGUUGAAAGCCUUUUUGUCAAGGAUCCUCAAGGACGCCUGAACUCCUUGACCACAGUUCUUGGCCAAGAAGUGGACCGGUUUAAUAACCUGCUGAAGUUAAUACAUAUUUCUCUACAAACCCUAGAUAAGGCCAUUGCUGGGCUUGUGGUGAUGUCUGAAGAAAUGGAAAAGGUUUAUAACAGUUUCCUCAACAACCAGGUCCCUUCUCUGUGGUCCAACACAGCCUAUCCAUCCUUAAAGCCACUGGCAUCAUGGGUCAAAGAUCUUAUUCUUAGAACUGCAUUUCUGGAUCUAUGGCUCAGAAGAGGACAGCCAAAGUCCUUUUGGAUCUCUGGUUUCUUCUUUCCUCAAGGAUUUCUAACAGGAACUCUUCAAAACCAUGCUCGGAAAUACAAUUUGCCUAUAGAUGAGCUGAGUUUCAAGUACCACGUGAUUCCUGCCUACCGGGAUCAGGCUGCAGUAAUAGAGGCUGCCAAGAUAGUGAAGUUUGGACAAGAUUUGCCCAUGGACCUGGAGCUGCCUUCUCCUGAGGAUGGUGUUCUUGUCCAUGGGAUGUUCAUGGAUGCGUCCCGUUGGGAUGAUGAUGACAUGGUCAUAGAAGAUGCGUUGCCCGGACAGAUGAAUCCAAUGCUGCCUGUGUUGCAUUUUGAACCACAACAAAACUAUGAGCCAUCCCAUAUACUUUACCACUCCCCGCUGUAUAAAACAGGGGCCCGCGCAGGAACACUCUCUACCACAGGCCAUUCAACCAACUUCGUGGUGACAGUCCUCUUACCAUCCAAGCUCCCCAGCGACUACUGGAUUGCCAAGGGAUCAGCUUUGCUCUGCCAGCUGAGUGAGUGA